GGCAGGAAAAGGCUUUACAGGGGACAGCAGAAAGGAAGCCAUCACAGGCAUGGUCUUUGCAUUAAAAUGUCAAGGAUCAGUCAUUUUAAUAGGUACUUGCUCAGAAUGGCAUGGGUGUCUUUUUUCUUAUUCUUUUUUCAUUUUAGAUAUGAGAUGACCCUUAAUAUCAAAAGAUGUUAACUGUCACAGGGGGAGAACAGGGCUCCAAUGAAUUCUGAACAGCCAAUCGUAAUUUAAUAAGAAAUAUUCUUAUCAUAAGUCAAAUGUUGUUCAAGUAAAUUGUUUUAAAUGCCACUGCAAAUAACUUUUUAACCUAACAUUUCACCAAUCUUGAUGCUUCCACUCUAUGUUGAUAAGGAAAAUACAUUUUAUCAGGCUUACAUUGAUAAAGGGUUGGCAAGUUUAGCCAAAGCAUUUUCAAGGGAUUCAAACAGCCUGAAAGCCUUUUCAGGAGGUUUAUUUUUUAUAGAUGUCAAUUCAUUUGUAAGCCAAUAAAUUAUGUGGUUUGAAUUCUGGCUAUUGAACUUACAUCUGUUGGGCAGGGGCUUGUAGAGAGACUUAGUGAAGCUUUCAAAAAGAUAUUUUUAUCCUAUUUACAAAUAAAAUUGAAUUUCAAAACGAUGAUGGGAAUAUGCAAGUGAGCAACUUUGUUUGAAAUUAGGAUGCUUCUUUAUUACAAGUUAUAUCAGCAAUUAACCAUUUAUUCUGGCUUUUGGAUGGAAACAUUACGAAGUAUUUAUGUUCUAAUGCUCACUUCAAAAGCAAAGUUGGGAAAAAUCUAUUGCUUACAGAUGUAAAAAGAGAAGCUCUUCACUUUUACCCCAGAGAACUGUUCUGAUAUCUGCAGGCAUUCUGCAUUAAUUUGAGUUAAUCAGGCUCAAGAGUGAAAGUUGUUACAAGCAGGGUCUUUUAAGAAAGUAACAAAUAGGCAGCUGUUUUUUGCUUCUGUAGUUUUGCGUAGUAGCUGAUUACAGGUUAUUGAAUCUACAAUGUGCUAAGCUAAUGAUUUUAUUCGUCCAGCGAUCCAGAGUUAACAACUUGAUUGGGUAGCCUACCUAGCUAUCAGGUUUAACAAAAGCUUGGCUUUUCUACAUCAUUCAGGAUAGUAAAAUACUAAAGCUUAUUUAUGUUUCAGAAUAAAUGUUGGUAGGAUUCCCUUAGUUAAAUGAAGUUGUAUAGUGUAGUUAGCAAAGGUUAUUUCCUUUCAAAUUUAAUGUGACUUUUUUAUCCCCCCUGUGUGGUGGCAUUUAAGCAUUUGUGUUGUAUUUUUAUAUCAUGGUUUUAUUCUUGCUGAUAUUCUUGUGCUUUUGGGUUCCAGCUAGAAGUGAGGUGCUAUCUGAGCAGAGAGGAGGCCGUCGGACAGUCAUCAGUUUGCGCAGCAGUAGUUUUUGGCAGAAAUAUUCUGUACAGAUACAUAAAUGCGGACAAUUGCUUUUUCUAUUAAGCUUUGGCUAAACUUAAAUAUAUUCUUGUCUUUAUUUCAUUUUAUACUGAAAUUAGUCCAAAAUGAUAAGACUGGAAACCUUUGCAGCAAAUUAAAGCGCAGAAAAGAGAAAAGAAAAAGAAACAUUGUAAUUUGAUCAUGGGCAUUAUGAGGCUCUGAUGUGCCAAACCGUGAAAGCUAAAGGCCUGAAUGAAAAGCUUUGCCAAACCAGGGGUUAUGCACGUUUAUCACUUUACUAAUGAAGUAACUAAAUUAGCCACUUGGUGGUCACUGCCUGGUCUGUGGACCUCCAACAGCUCUGUGUGAACGCAGACCCAAAAGCAUCUAUUAUACUACCCAACGAAAGCGGCUGAGCCAAGAGGGGCAUCCAGACAUUCCUCGUAGCUGUUCAGCUGCUGGACCAUCUGGAGGGGAAAUAAAAGGCCUGGGCUGGGGGCGCUGGCAUUGUGCUUAUUUAUUAUUUGGUUUUCCCUUGCCAGGCUUUGUCCCCUUUUCACUCCCUCUGGCCCAGAACAGACGUCCCCUUUGGCCGGGGUGCUAUUCUUACAAGCUCCUUUCUAUAUCAUGGACGCUGGAAAGUUCACAAGUUCAUGUAUCCACUUCAUGCUGGCCUUAUGUUGGGGACUUCAUUAUUCCAGCUGCACCUCCACCUAUCCCUUUUCUAGUCCCAGUUGGCGCUGGGACUUCAUCAGCCAGGGUUGCCGAGUGGAGCACAAUAACACCAAUCUGUGAUGGACAUUCCCUGUCACGGUCUGCACAUUUUGGCAGCCUUGUUUUCAGUUAUUUGGAAGGAAAGGCUCCCAAUAGUUCUUGUUACGAGUAGUUCCUGGGUGGUAACUGUUUUGAUUAAUGGCUCUGUGCAUCUGCCUAGUUAGAACUCCAAAAUAUUGCUCACACACUGGCCCUUUUAUUCCAAAGGACUGGUAAAGGCUUCUGACAGCUAGAUCGGGACGGUAGAUGGUGAAGGGAGGCCCCGGUUUGUGGCAGGCUUUAUAAAACUGGGAUUGUUCUUUGCCAUUUAAAGGAAGAUUUAUCACUCCAAACCCAACUUUCUUUAUCUCUGAGUAAGAUUCCUGUCACUCCUGGGUGUCAGCAAGGAUUUGACUCUGGGAAGCAUUGAAUUGCACAGAUGAGACAUACUUAAGUGUUUGGGGGAAUGAAUUUAACAACUGACAGUUCCUGGACUAUGCCCAUUAUUGAAGGUAAGGGGCUCUUCAUAAUAUUUUUUGUAUAAAAUACAUUCCUUCCUUUCCUAAAUCCCACAGCUGCUUUAGUAAAAAGAGAUUGCUUAUUCUGUGUAUCUCUAGUGCCUUGUUGCUAAUAGUUGUUCAAUAUAUGGAUGAAGGGAGGUAGGGAGGAAGGAACCCCACAACUCCUCAUUCCAAUUUGUAGGAGUUUGCGGCUGUCAAGUGUUCCAUGGUGGUUUCCAGUACUUGGUACAAAUGGUUAACACAUAAAGGUGGAGACAAGUGGUAUGCCAGUGAUUUCAUUGGUCCCAUUCAUGUGUUCUGUGUAUAUGUAUAGCACUGAGAGAGAGUAUAGAGUCAGACCAGGGUUCAAAUCUUGGCUCCAUCUUCAUAUCAGCACUGUAUCCUUGGACAAGUUGCUUAAUUUUGCCAAGCCCCAGUUCCCACAACUUAAAUGUGGUAUGAUAUCUACUUUAAAGAAUGAAGAGGAUUAAAUGAGAUCAUAUAUGUAUUCCGUGUAGGCCAGACUUACAGUAAAGGCUCAGAAGUUAAAAAUAUAUAUAUUCUUCUGAACUUUUAACCGUAUUUCAUCUUUUCUGCUUUCCUUUGACAUUAAAUUUAUCAAUAAUGUGCCUUUAAAGAUUAAGGAAGCAUUGAACAUUAGCUGACGCCAUUACCAUUUAGUAAUGAAAUAUUUACACGUAAUAUGUCCCCUGUCUGUUUUUGCUCUCUGAGUUCUGGCAUUCCACAGCUUCUGUUCUGUUUCUUUGAAGGCAAGUCUAUGGCUGAUUGACUUGUGUAAGUUACCUCUCCUCAGCUUGCCCCUUGUUUGUAAGUCACAGGUAUUUUCUUGGCCGUUUUCUCAAUUCCCUUCUUAUGUUAGCUUUCUCUGGGAUUAGCUACUCUCACUUGCUUACUAUUUUAACCCUCAGGACAGCCCUCCCAGAUGGGUAUUAUUCUUCUCAUUCUAUAAACCAGGGGACUAGAGAAAGUGUUUUAGUACAGAUUCUCCUCCAAAGUCACAUCUUAUAGCAAAAAAAAAAAAAAAAGAAUGCAGCUGAAGUUUGUGAAUCCAUUGGCUCACUUCCUAACUCCUUGAACCAAACCUCAGACAGCUCUGCUUGGUGCAGUUUGGCAGUCGGUCCUGGCUUUCUCCGUCUGCUUGGUUAUGUCUAGGACUCAAAAUGCCUUUGAAAAGUGGUUGCAUGGGGGAGGUAGAGGUGUGUUUGCCGAAGAAAUAGGCAUUUCAAAGUCUUCAUAUGCUCAUAUAGCUCUAAUUCAGGUUAAGUUUCCACUCAAGGAAUCGCCGUACAGUCAGUCAGUCCAUGAUGUUGACUGCAUCCUGGUGUGAAGAACACACUGAACUAUGCAUCUGGGGGGAAGCUACAAAAGAAAUAUAGAGGUUGUGGACCUCGCCCUUAAAUUUCUGGCAAGUGGGGAGAAAAAAAAUUCUUGCACAUGAAAUUACUGAUGAACAUUUGGGAAGUAAUAUCAAUCAGUAGAAAUGCAUUCUGUGCCAGAAGAGUACUGACAAUGUGUCACCAUAUGUGACAGCUUUUGGAUAUUUCCUUCCGAACGAUCAUUUGUUCUGCAGGGGUAGGGCUGUUUUCCCCCUUCAGUCAAAAGAAUGUUUUCCCAAUCAGGCUGUCUUGGGAAGGAGGGAGAUGAAAUAAAGAGAUAAAAAAAGAAAGCUGCUGUAAAAUGAAAGAGGUUUGAUUUAGUGAAAAUCCAGUGGCCUCCCAAAGAGCAGGGCAUGUUAGCUUGUCAAUUCAAAACCAUGGAUACAAUCAGGAUUUCUCAGUACACUGUGAGUUUUAUGGCCUUCUUUCAUUGGUUUAGAUGGACAAAUCCCCAGCCCUUAAAGAUAAUUUAAAAAGGAGGAAGUCUGUCAUGUUCGAGUUUGUUUUUUUUAAAGAUGCAAAAUUAAGCAAAAGCAGGAUAGUCUGGCUUUUAUGAAGUUGGUCAGAUUACAGCCCAGGGGACUAUUAAACUCAGAGUGAAUAUGAAAGCUAUGGCAACCCUGCAAAUCCCAGAGCACCAUGGGGAUUCUCAGCAGAUCUUAGGUGACAAUUAACAGGCAAACUUUAGGUGGAUCUCAUUAACCAAGCCUUGGUCCUGUCUAAAUUCCUAACUUCUGUGGCUUUGCCUAGCACCUUGGUGUUUCUUUGCUGAUGCUUUGAUGUUUACAUAGCACUCUCAACUUGCUUUGAAAACAUUUGCAUAGUGAUUAGUUAACCCAACAGACCCACUCUGGGAAGGUUGCCAGAAGCCAGCAGCACCUUGGUAAUAGAAAAACUGAUAAUUAGAAGAGACCUUUCGAGACCAGGAGUCUGGACCACCGGCUUGGUGCCACUUCAUGUUAAUGAGUGGCCCCAGUAAAAAUCACGGAUGAACUGUUUGUAUCCAUUUUCUGAGCCCACCUGGUUCUGCUGACACCGUGGUUCUGCUUUAGCUUGUUAUGUUUUAAACAGUUGUCUAUGGAAAGCAAGCCACACAACCUACAGCAGCAUCGGUUUGUUGUGGAAGGCUCUCUUAUUUUCAGUUCUGGCUGUGUUCAGCAUCUUAAGCUGCAUGUUUCCUAUUGCAAUGAUCUACUUCACGCAACAUCACCUUUCAGAGUUUUCUGACCCAGGGCUUGGUUUAGCUAAAGGUACCGCUUUUAAACAUAGAAUGGUGGUUGCCAGGGGAUAGGGGAGGAAGAAGUGGGGGAGCUGCUGUGCAGUGGGUAUAGAGUUUGCCGUGCAAGAUGAAAAAGUUCUAGAGAUCUGCUGUACAACAGUGCACACAUCAAUAGUGAAUGAUACUAUACCACACACUUAAAAUUUUGUUAAUAGGGUGGAUUUCAUGUUAUGGGGUUUUUGUCACAAUAAAAAAAUUAUAUUGGCAAGAUAAAUACGUUUUUUUUAAAAAGGUGCUGCUUUUUAUAGGCAAGGGCUGGUUCUGAGAGCCACGUUUCCGAUGGCUGAGGUCACCAUCUCAAGGGCAUAUGUCAUGUUUGGCUUCCGUUGCAUCAUGGUGAAGGUACCUUUAGAUGUGCAGGUUUCAGGUUUUCAUUGGAAGACCCAAUACAUUAAAAAUGAAUUAUUGUACAAGCAAAUAGCCAGAUUCUUUCUUAAAGUAUUAUGUACCUAGUAUUUUAUGAUGUAUAUUUUUAGCAAAAAUGAUUCUGAGAGUUAUUGAUGACUCCACAUUUUUAUGGAUCCCAUGGGAAUUGGAAAAACAAGCGUUUGGGUGGUCAGAGAGAGAGAAGACAGAAUAACCAAGUGAGCAGAGUGAGACAGCCUAGAUAAUCAAGUUCUCUGAGAUUCUCUAUGAUUCAUAUGGUCUGUGGCUCCUUCAAAUCUCACUGUCUGAAAGGUUGGAGGAGUGUUUUUCCCCUUUCUCUAGGCAACUGAGCAUUACCUACACCUCCCUGGGACUAAAGCAGGCCUCUGGGAGUACUCUUCCUGUCACACCUCAUGUAAUUGCACCAAUGAAGUUAAUUGAGUUGCUUUAUGAGGAACUUGUGGAAAAGGCAUUCGGUCUUAUGUAAACAGGGAGGUGGUUUUGUAUCUGACUGUUCAUCCAUUGCCUCUUGCUGCAACCCUCCGGUCCUGCAACAAAGUGGGUCAUCUAGGCUGCAGGAAGAGAAACUAAACAACUCAUCCAAGCUGGCAUGUUGCAACAUCUGAACAGGUAGUCUGGCGCUCACGGACUUGCAUGGACGCUCUGGCCCUGCAGGCUAUUGCUGCUGACCGUAUAUUUGAAAGGACUGGAUGUCAGAAGUGGCCUUUCACCGUCUGUGAGCGCUGUGGGCUAUGGGAUGGAUGAGGUGGAGCAGGACCAGCAUGAGGCCCGACUCAAGGAGCUGUUUGACAGUUUUGACACGACAGGCACUGGGUCCCUGGGACAGGAGGAGCUCACCGACCUUUGCCACAUGUUGAGCUUGGAGGAAGUGGCCCCAGUGCUGCAAGAGACACUGCUUCAGGACAACCUCUUGGGCAGGGUGCAUUUUGACCAGUUUAAAGAAGCGUUAAUACUUAUCUUGUCUAGAACUCUAUCCAAUGAAGAACAUUUUCAAGAACCAGCAUCUGUGGGUGUCAGCUGCCAACAAGUAGCUCGGGUGUCUGGGCCGCUCCUGAAUACUCACAAGCUGACACACUCUCUUCUGAUAAAAGACUGCUCACUGGAAGCCCAGCCCAAAUAUGUCAGAGGUGGGAAGCGUUACGGACGAAGGUCCUUACCUGAAUUUCAAGAAUCCGUGGAGGAGUUCGCAGAGGUGACAGUGAUUGAGCCACUAGAUGAAGAAGCACGGCCUUCACCCGUCCCAACCGACGACCGAAGCGAGCACUGGAAGACACAACACAGUGAGGAGUACGAAGCGGAAGGCCAGUUAAAAUUUUGGAACCCAGAUGAUUUGAAUGCCUCCCAAAGUGGGUCUUCCCCUCCCCAAGACUGGAUAGAAGAGAAACUGCAGGAGGUUUGUGAAGAUUUGGGGAUUACCCGCGAUGGUCACCUGAACCGAAAGAAGCUGGUCUCCAUCUGUGAGCAGUACGGCUUGCAGAAUGUCGAUGGAGAGAUGCUUGAGGAAGUCUUCCAUAAUCUUGAUCCUGAUGGUACAAUGAGUGUAGAAGAUUUUUUCUAUGGCUUGUUCAAAAAUGGAAAAUCCCUUACGCCUUCAGCAUCUACUCCAUAUAGACAAUUGAAAAGGCACCUCUCCAUGCAGUCUUUUGAUGAGAGUGGACGACGUACUACAACCCCAUCUGCGAUGACGAGUACCAUUGGCUUUCGGGUCUUCUCCUGCCUGGAUGAUGGGAUGGGCUACGCAUCAGUGGAGAGAAUACUUGACACCUGGCAGGAAGAGGGCAUUGAGAACAGCCAGGAGAUCCUGAAGGCCUUGGAUUUCAGCCUUGAUGGAAACAUCAACUUGACAGAACUGACACUGGCUCUUGAAAAUGAACUUUUGGUCACCAAGAGUGGCAUUCACCAGGCAGCUCUGGCGAGCUUCAAAGCUGAGAUCCGGCAUUUGCUGGAGCGAGUUGAUCAAGUGGUCAGAGAAAAAGAGAAGCUACGGUCAGAUCUGGACAAAGCUGAGAAGCUCAAGUCUCUAAUGGCCUCAGAGGUGGACGAUCACCAUGCAGCCAUAGAGCGACGGAAUGAGUACAACCUCAGGAAAUUGGAUGAAGAGUACAAGGAGCGCAUAGCAGCCUUAAAGAAUGAACUCCGAAAGGAGAGAGAGCAGAUCAUGCAGCAGGUGGGCAAGCAGCGUUUGGAACUUGAGCAAGAAAUUGAAAAGGCAAAAACAGAAGAGAACUAUAUCCGGGACCGCCUUGCCCUCUCUUUAAAGGAAAACAGUCGUCUAGAAAAUGAGCUUCUGGAAAAUGCAGAGAAGUUGGCAGAGUAUGAGAAUCUGACAAACAAGCUUCAGCGAAAUUUGGAAAAUGUGUUAGCAGAAAAGUUUGGUGAUCUUGAUCCCAGCAGUGCUGAAUUUUUUCUGCAAGAGGAGAGGCUGACACAGAUGAGAAAUGAAUAUGAGCAGCAGUGCAGGGUAUUACAAGACCAAGUGGAUGAACUCCAGUCUGAGCUAGAAGAAUAUCGUACACAAGGCAAAGUUUUCAGACUUCCCUUAAAGAACUCACUAUCAGAAGAACUUGAUGUUAACAGUGGCUGCCCUGAGACUGACCAGGGGCUUGGUUCUGAAGAAUGCAACCCACUGAAUAUGAGCAUUGAGGCGGAGCUGGUCAUCGAGCAGAUGAAGGAACACCAUCACAGGGACUUGUGCCGCUUAAGACUGGAGCUUGAAGAUAAAGUGCACCAUUAUGAAAAGCAGCUAGAUGAAACCAAGGCUGCUUGCGAAAAGGAGCAGGAGAACAUGAAGCAAAAGCAUGAGGAUGAAGUACACAUCUUGGAAAAGCAGAUAAGUGACCUUAAAAAUGACAUUGCAGAACUUCAGGGCGAGGCAGUGGUGCUCAAGGAGGCACAACGUAUGACUACCCGCAGACAGGAGGAGGAGAAACAGCAGCUGCAAAUGAAGUGGGAUGAGGAAAAGAUUCUCCUGCAGGAGAAGCUGAGGCUGGAGCACGAGGCAGAACUCAAGCAGAGGCUGGAGCAGGCGGAGGGAAACUACAACCGGGAGAGGGAAGGACUUAUUCACAGUGGUGCCUGGACUGAAGACAAGGUGAGAGGCCUGACACAGGAACUGGAGCAGUUUCACCAGGAGCAGCUGAAAAGCCUGGCGGAGAAGCACACUCUUGAGAAGGAGGAGUUACGCCAAGAGCUCUUGGAAAAACACCAAAGGGAACUUCAAGAGGGGAGGGAAAAAAUGGAAAUUGAGUGUAAUAGAAGAACCUAUGAGCUAGAAGCCCAGUUUCAGGCUGACUGUCAGAAAGUCACAGAGAGAUGUGCAGAUGCCCUGCGAAGCCUGGAGGGGCACUACCGCCAAGAGAUGCAGGAGUUCCUGGAGCAGCAGCGUGAGGAGAGAGCCCAGUGGGAGUUUGAGAAGGACGAGCUCACCCAGGAGUGUGCAGAAGCUCAGGAGCAGCUCAAAGAGACUCUCCAAAGGGAGAAAGCAACUUCUCUGGUCCUGACCCAGGAGAGAGAGAUGCUGGAGAAAACCUACAAAGAACAUUUGAAUAGCAUGGUUGUUGAGAGAGAGCAGCUGCUCAAAGACCUGGAAGACCUAAGAAAUGUGUCUGAAAGUCAGCAGAGCCUACUGUCCGACCAGAUACUUGAGCUGAAAAGCAGUCACGAGAGAGAGCUGAAGGACCACGAGCAGGUCCUGUGCCAGGCAGGCGUCUCGGAGCAGCUAGCCAACCAGCGGCUCGAGAGGCUAGAAAUGGAACGUGAGCAGGAGAGGCAGGAAAUGACGUCCAAGCUCCUGGUCCUGCAGAAUGUCCACAAAGUGACCUGUGAGAAAGCAGAUCGAGACAGAGCUGAGAUGGGCUCAGAAAUCGCUCGACUUCAGAAUAAAAUUAAGGAAAUGCAGCAGGUGGCACCUCCUCUGUCCAGACUUCAGAAUGGCUGCCAGGAAAUAGGGGAGGAGGUGGAAGGAAGUGGAGCCAUGUCCCUGCUCCAGCAAGGAGAGCAGCUGUUGGAAGAGAAUGGAGAUGUCCUCUUAAGCCUGCAGAGAGCUCAUGAACGAGCAGUGAAAGAAAAUGUGAAAAUGGCUACUGAAAUCUCUAGAUUGCAACAGAGGCUGCAAAAAUUAGAGCCAGGGUCAGUAAUGUCUUCUUGUUUAGAUAAGCCAACUACUGGAUUUUUUGGAAGUUCUAUGGAACAAACAGAGCCAUUUUUACUGCAAAACCGAGUGAAGCAAAUAGAAGGUGUCCUGAGGGACCUGCAAGACGAUGAGGUUCAAGAUCUGGGAAGUACAGGGACGAGCUCUGUUCAGAGACAGGAGGUCAAAACAGAGGAGUCUGAAGCAUCCAUAGAGAGUUUUUCCGAGCUUGAAAAUAGUGAGGAGACCAGGGCUGAAGCCUGGGACCUCAAGAACCAGGUUUGUCAACUUCAGGAACAGCUCAGGGUCUUACGUGCAGACUGCGAUCGAGCUUCUGAAAAGAAACAAGACCUCCUUUUUGAUGUGUCGGUGCUCAAAAAAAAACUAAAUGUGCUUGAGAGAAUCCCGGAGGCUUCUCCCAAGUAUAAAUUGUUGUAUGAAGAUGCUAGUAGAGAAAAUGACUGUCUCCAGGAAGAGCUGAGAGUGAUGGAGACACGCUACGAUGAAGCCCUAGAAAACAACAAAGAACUCACUUCAGAAGUUUUGAGAUUGCAGGAUGAGUUAAAGAAAGUUGAAGACGUGACGGAAACAUUCCUGAGCCUCGAGAAGAGCUAUGAUGAGGUCAAAAGAGAAAACGAGGAACUGCACGUUCUGGUUUUGAGACUUCAAGGCAAGAUUGGGAAGCUGCAAGAGAGAGCAGUGUUCCAGUGUGACUGCUUCUCCUUAUGGGAGACCCACUUAGAGAGCCUGGAUGCUGAACCUGAUGAAAAGGCACUUGAACUAAAUCAGACACUGGAAGAGUGUGUGCCACAGGUUAUGAAUGUACGCCAUAUUAUAGAAGGACAUUAUCAAGAAAACCAGUACCUUGACCAGAAUACACAGAUCCUGGAAAAAGUAAAAGCACAUGAAAUUGCCUGGCUACGCAGAACAAUCCGGACACAUGGAGAAAAGCCUGGAGAACAGAACCACGUUAUACUGGAGGAAAACACUGCCCUCCUGAGCCUUCAAGACAGACAUUUUCAGCGUCAAGCCAUGAUAGCUGAGUUAGAGAUGGAGAAAGAAAAGCUGCAGGAGCUGACUAGAAAGUUGAGGGACAGAGUCACUAAUUUAGUUAAGCAAAAGGAUGUACCUUCUCAAGGAGGAAAGGAGGAGGAGCUGAAGGCCAUGAUGCAUGACUUGCAAAGCACGUGCAGUGAGAUGCAGCAAAAAGUUGAACUUCUGAGAUACGAAUCUGAGAAGCUUCAAGAAGAAAAUUCUAUUUUGAGAAGUGAAAUUACCACUUUAAAUGAAGAAGAUAGCAUUUCUAGCCUGCAAUUGGAGAAAUUAAAUGGAUCUCAGGAAGAAAUGUGGCAAAAAAUAGAAACUAUAGAAGAAGAAAAAGCUGCAAUUCAGAAGAUGGUUGAAAACUUAAAGACACAGAUUUCAGAAUUGAAAACCAAAAACCAGCAGUUGGAUCUGGAAAAUAUAGAACUUAGCCAAACGAACUCUCAGAAUCAGAAAGACUUGCAAGAGCUUAAUCAGCGUCUGGCAGAAGUGCUGUGCCAGGAUGAACAGCCCGGACACAGCCCCUCUGAGGAAGGGCAAGAAGAAAAGUCUCAUCUGAGGGAGGAGCUGGAACACUGCAAAGCGCAGUCCUCUACUUUAGUGUCUUCUCUGGAGGCAGAACUUUCCGAAGUUAAACUACAGACUCAUAUUGUGGAACAGGAAAAUCUCCUUCUCAAAGAUGAACUGGAGAAAAUGAAACAACUGCACCGUUGUCCUGAUCUCUCUGACUUCCAGCAACAAAUUUCUAGUGUUCUAAGCUACAAUGAAAAACUGCUGAAAGAAAAGGAAGCUCUAAGUGAAGAAUUAAAUAGCUGUGCGGAUAAGUUGGCAAAAUCAAGCCUUUUAGAGCACAGAAUUGCUACGAUGAAGCAAGAACAGAAGUCUUGGGAACACCAGAGUGAAAGCUUAAAGUUACAGCUGGUGGCUUCACAGGAAAAGGUUCAGAGUUUAGAGGACACCCUGCAGGAUGUCAACCUGCAAAUGUCCCAGAUUAAUUCUGACCUACGAGUGACUCAGCAGGAAAAGGAGGCUUUAAAACAAGAAGUAAUGUCAUUACAUAAGCAACUUCAGAAUGCUGGUUACAAGAACUGGGCCCCAGACGUAACCGCCCAUCCAUCAGGAUUCCAUAACCAGCAGCAAAGGCUCUCUUGGGAUAAGUUAGAUCAUCCGAGGAAUGAGGAACAACAGCUGCUUUGGCAAGACAAUGAGAGACUCCAAAGUGUGGUGCAGAAUACCAAAGCGGAACUCACACACUCCCGGGAGAAGGUCCGUCAACUGGAAUCCAACCUUCUUGCCCCCAAGCACCAAAAACAUCUAAACUCCUCAGGUACUUUGAAGCCCACAGAGCAGGAGAAAUUGAGCUUAAAGAGAGAGUGUGAACAGUUUCAAAAGGAACGAUCUCCUACUAACAGAAAGGUCAAUCAGAUGAAUUCCCUUGAACGAGAAUUAGAAACAAUUCAUUUGGAAAACGAAGGCCUGAAAAAGAAACAAGUAAAACUAGAUGAGCAGCUAAUGGAGAUGCAGCACCUGAGGUCCCCUGGGAUGCUUAGCCCAUCCCCUCCUGCUUGGGAUCUGCGGCUGCUCCAGCAGCAAGCCUGUGCGGUGGUGCCCAGGGAGCAGUUUCUGCAGCUUCAGCACCAGCUGCUGCAGGCAGAAAGGAUAAACCAGCACCUACAGGAGGAACUUGAAAACAGGACCUCCGAAACCAACACUCCACAGGGAAACCAGGAACAACUGGUAACUGUCAUGGAGGAACGAAUGAUAGAAGUUGAACAGAAACUUAAACUGGUGAAAAGGCUUCUUCAGGAGAAAGUGAAUCAGCUCAAAGAACAACUCUGCAAGAAUACUAAAGCAGAUGCCAUGGUGAAGGAUUUGUUUGUUGAAAAUGCCCAGUUGCUGAAAGCUCUGGAAAUGACUGAACAGCUACAAAAAACCGCAGAGAAGAAAAAUUACCUCCUAGAAGAGAAGAUUGCCAGCCUCAGUAAUAUAGUCAGGAAUCUGACACCAGCACCACUGAUUUCCACACCUCCCUUGAGAUCAUAGCAAAACCAAAGGAUACACUCAGAUUUGUGCACUUUGCUGAAAUGGAUGGAACAUUUCAGUAGGCUCUCUCAACCUUUUUUUAAAAUUAUUAUUUAUUUAAAAAACUUUUAAUUGUAUAAAGUUAAGCCUAACCUAAAAGUGCCAGCAACAGAAUUGGAGCCUCCAUUCAUUGUAAUGAGCUUUUCUAAAUAGACUCUAAUGGGAGUUGCAAACGUUCACAUUUCACUGUUUCAGUUACUCCCAAGUUUUGAAUUUUAAAAUAUUCUAAUAGUCACCAAGGAGGUGGACUUUGAAAACAAUUCAAGAACCUUAAAACCUCAAUUUUGAAUGAAUUUUUAAAAAUAAUUAUUAUAUACAAAUCAAUCUGUAAAUUCCAGAUAUUUUAAGUUUGAGAUCUAAUGUUGUUUUGAUCUUUAUUGUAAACCAAAUGUAUGCCUUCCUCACAUUUAAAUAUGGAAAAGUCAUUCUGUUUCUAAUAGUUUGGUUCUUUGAACUGUUUGGUAGACUUUCUGUCUGGUAACAGAAACUGGGCUCAGUAAGCACUGAGAUUGGAAAAGCCAGAGCCUAUAGAGCUCUGCCUUCUAAUACCUGUGACAGUAUUAGCACUCUUGAUGUAUUAUAGAUAUAAAACUGAUUUACUCAACUGCACUGUUAGCUAAUGUUAAAACUUUACUUUCUUUAAAGAGCCCGUUUUUUUCCUCCUUAUAAGUUUCAUUUGGGAGCUUGUCUUCUGAAAAAUGGAUAAAGCCACAUCCUUAAAGCAUUCGAACUAUAGGGAAAGCACUGGACAAACCACUUCGGAGGAAACAGCUACUCUUAGAAGAGAGAUAAGCACAUCCUGUGGGUUUCUUUCUCUCUCAAGUCUUGGAGUUCAUGACCUUACAUUUGGGGUUGCCAAAAGAACUCAGGGAACAAUACUUUAAACAAUUCUUCCUGAAAUACCAUAGGGCCUCUUUCAGAAUUUGAAAUGUAUAAACCACGGGACCUUAUUUAUUUGUCUUAUAUUUAGAGCCAUAGUGGGAUUUCUAUUUCUAUACUUUUAGUAAAUGUAAUCUGAAAAAAAUGCCUUGAUUAUAAAGUUAAAAACCUCUUCUAAUUUAUGGAAGAGUUAUUAUUUGCUUGUUUGUCUGGUUAAGUAGGUCCAUUUCCACGCUUCCUGUUCCUCUACACCUCAGAUCUGAUAUAUAAUAAGAACUUCUUACUGUGAUAAGCAUUGGCAUGCCAGCCGAGGUUAACGAGUAUCAAAUAGGAUUUCUUAUUCAGUCUCCAGACCCUAACUUUAUAGAACAGUACACAUUUUAGAUUGGAUAACUUUUUAUCCCCCAAGUAAAAUCUUAUGUUGUAGCCUUCAUCAGCCAGCAGUUGAUGGAGAACUUAUUAGGUAUAGGAUAAUUACAAAGCUCCUCAAGCCACCUAUUUGUUUUUUUGGGAGAGCAAUUAGAUUUAAAAAAUUCACUUUGAUGUAUCCCAGGAAGGCCCAAACCCAUCAAUUUACAAGAGGUGUAACAGCAAAAUCAAACACUGCUUUAUGGGCAGGAACAAAAGAUGAAGCCAACUGCUUAAGAAGUCAUAUAAUGUCAGCAACUCAAUCUCAGCAAAAUAAUUUGCACCAAGGAACUUUAGACUUCCUCGGGGCCUAACCAUCUACUAUUUAGUCCCUCCUGCCAACACAGGCGUCCUCGCUACAAGAGCCCUGACAAAGCAUGGUUGUUUGUGGGACUGGGAGUUCACAUUCAUGAAGCAAAACCUUUCCAUUUUUGGACAGCUCUUAUCAGAAAGUCCUGAUUUCCCCCUGAAAAAAGAAUUAUUUAAUCCUUCCCUAUAAUUACACUUCAAAGCAUUUGAUAUCUGCUAUCAUGCCUUCCCUCAUCUUUCUUUUCCAGUGCAACCGUUACUGGUAAAUGCAACUACUUUCAUGGCAUUGGAUUUAAUAGAGAAUCCUUUUCACUUAAAACUGUGGAUAGGCCUAGGCUAAGUUAAGUAUCUGUGGUGUACUUAUGUGAUAUGCUUCAAGUUACUCAAGGUUAUUGCCAUCAGAACCGAACACCAAGCAUAUUUCUCAAAUAGCUGACUUAGCAUGUGAUCACAUGUAUUUUUAUUUUUUACAUUACAAAACGUAUAGGUCAAUUUGUUUAUUUCUUAUAAAUCUGUAUUUAUGUGUAUAUAAAAUGUACAGUGAAUGUGAAUAUGACUUUAUGGAAAGUUUUAGACUACAUUUAGAAUCUCUUUAUCCUAAAAUCAAAAUGCUGCUCAAAUGAAGUUUAACUUAACCAACAUCUAAGUGCUCACUUUCUUGCUUUACUGCACUUAUAAGACUGGAAAAAAAGAUCAACAUGAGAAAUAUAUAGUUACCUUAAAUUUAUACAUUUGUGCAGCAGUUUAUUUUUAUAAAGUAGUUUAGAGUGGGAAUUUAACUGGCAAUUUAUAAUAUAGCUUAUAGCUUUAAAAACAGACCUUUUAAAGAGAUUAAACUGUUAAAUGUUUAGAUUUUGCUUUCAGACUUUAUAAUAGCAGUCUUUAAAAUCACAAGUUAUGUAUUAUUUUAUAGGCAUUUAUAGCUGCUUGUUUAUUAAAAGCACUGGUUAAACUUUCUUUUGAUUUCCUAAGAACAGUUAUUUAAAUUGUCUUAAAAGACAGGAUCUUCACUUCAAGGAAAGAGAAGCAAGUUUGCCUUUGUGAUAAUACAUUGCACUAAGAUAAGAGGGAAAGGUGGAUAGUAAAACCUACAUUGUUCUAUUUUGCUUUGCUUUUUAGAACCCUGGGCUCUUAAGCUCAAAUUCGUGAAGGGAGAGAAGUAGAAGGGGUGGGGUAGAACCACCACAGUAUUUUAUUUAUUUUUCUAAAAAUCUUAACCCAGAUUUUAAAACUAUUUUAAAAGCAAAUCCUUCUCAGAAGCUUCAAAUACAUUGCUUAUACAGUAAAACCUUAGAUUGCAAGUGUUCUGCAAGAUGAGCAAACAUUUCUAAUACAUUUUAAUGUGGUAAAC